GUAAUGCCAACGUACUGUUGGUUCAGAUAAUGAUAAGAUUUUAAGAAUUUCUGAAGCUCUCUCUGAAACUUAACGGUUCAGAAGUAGCGUGUACCAUGGAUAACUUCGAAAAGAAGUUUGUAAUGGAAAUGUUUUUAGAUAGCGACAGUAUUUCUACUGUUAACAGACUAAUUGUAGCUACGACAGAUGUGAUAGUGGAAAACAUUGAAAGUAUAUCGAUAUUCACGGAACUAUUGAAUAAAGAACACUUUCAAACUGUGAGAGACAUUGAGAUUUGCGGUGCUUCACCUUCGCCACCGAUUCAAAAGAAACGACAGAAGGUAAAUAUAGAGCACACCGUUCUCAAUUACAGCGAUUCUGAAUAUUUUGACAUAUUCAAAAUGAGAAGGGGCACUGUGCAGGCUCUGAUAAAUUAUUUAAGAGAGUUUGACAAAACGGCUGGCACAACUGUGACAUUGGAUAAGAAAGUACAUGUCUUCCUCUGGCUUUUAACGAGUGAUUCAUCAUUUAGUGAAAUUGCCAUAUUAUUUGGUUUACAUAAAUCUACAGUUGCUUAUAUAUUUCAUGAGAUAGCAUCAUUGCUUGCCGAACAGAGGCACAACUUCAUUAGCUGGCCUUCAGUUGAAGAGCAACACAUAACAAGGAUAAAAGUGAAUAGCAGGUAUAAAUUCCCCAAUUGUGUUGGAUUUAUUGAUGCAUGUCGAUUCAAAGUUGGUUCAAAGAGGAAUAAAAAGGAUGAACCAGAAGUAAUUAUGCUCCAAGCAGUCUGUGACGAAUCACUUGCUUUUAUUGAUGUUCAUGUCAGUGAUAUUGGUGUCACAAAAAAAAGCAAAGUGUUUAGAGAAAGUUGGCUUUGUCAAGAGCUAAAGAAUCUCAUUGACUUCGACAACCACUUACUUGGUGAUUCUGAAUAUAAACUUAAGAAAAAUUUAAUUACUCCAUUCAAUAGUGAAGAAGUCUUAACUCCUGAAGAAAUGAAGUUUAAUGAUAGGCAUUGGAAAGCACGCAGUUAUAUUGGUCUUGCAUUUGAAUUAUUAAAGGAUAAGUUUAGAAAACUCAGUCAUAUAGAUAUUAAUAAGCCUGAUGCUGUUCAGACUUUGUUAUAUGCAGCUUGCGUUCUUCACAACUUUAUAAUUCUGCAGGAAGGAUGUCCAAAUCUCAAGGAAGAGCCCAUAACUUGUGACGAUGGAGUUACAAUAGAUUCGGACAUUGUGAAAACUGCUGAUGAAAAGAGGCAGUUCUUGUGCAAUUAUGUGAACUACAUUGAUAGCGCUUGACAUGAUUAUUUUUGUGUGCUUGUGCACAGCUGUGCUUUAGAGAAGUUGCUUGUUUUGAUUGUAUCCUUUUUUCGUAUUCAUGUUUCAGAUUAGGGCUUAUCUUCGUUACAAACCUCUCAGCCUCAGUUUUUAUAAGUUAUUUUGUAAAUAAUGUGAUCUAUUUAAUAGGGUAAUAAAAAAC